UAAACCUUGACUGAUUUCAGAUGUAAGAUCAAAAAUGGCUGUCCAGAUGGCGGCUGAGUUGGAAAUGGCGGCGGAUAUUGUCCUAGGCCCGCCUAAUCUCGUCUCGGCGGAGCAGCGUGCGACGGCGGAGUCGAUUUUUAUAAACUUUCGAAAGUCUGUUUGCCCGUAUACUAUGUGCAAAGAGUUAUUGGAGACGAGUAAAAACGACUACGUAUUGUUUGAGGCGAGCGGACUCAUCAAGGAUGCGCUUAUAAGGGAGUGGAAUGAACUCCCUGCCCAGGAUAUCCACGCUCUCCGAACCUAUCUUCUCCAAUAUGUAAUUAGUAAUCCGUCCUGCUCAGCGUUUGUUCGAGAGCGAAUCGUCCAGGUUAUAGCUAUCAUGGUGAAGCGACAAUCAGUGGAAGAUGGGGGAAAGGAUCGUAGCCUUGUGAUCGCUGAAGUCCAACAAUUAAUUGCUAGUGGAAAUCAACAGAUGCAAAUGAUGGGAUGUGCGAUCAUUACAGCAUUGAUGCAAGAGUAUGCUACAACGGUGAAAUCUUCGGAUGUUGGUCUACCAUGGGAACUUCAUUUCAAGGUCAAGAAACAGUUUGAGAGCACAGAUCUUCAAACCAUAUUUAGGUUUAGCAUAUCAGCCCUCAAGGAACUCUCCGCCCAGAUCGUUCUACCGCUUAACAGUGAUAUGGAAUAUCUUUUGAGGAGGUUGGUUAUGAUUUCCGAAACCGUUCUCUCAUGGACCUUUAUCAACGUAAAUCUUCCUAAAAAACUCAUAUCCGUCUUCGAGUCUGAUCAAAGUCCAAGUCUACGUCCUGGGGUUGCCUGGAAAGAGAUACUUUUGGAACCUUCUCUUGUUCCCUUUAUCUUUGAUUUCCAUUGGAGGGUCCGGACCAGCAGUAGUAUUUCUCACCAUACCCUGAGCUGUCUAGUCCAGCUUGCUAGUCUUAACGGACAAACUUUAAAUGCCAAGAACUUGAGGCUUGAACAUUUGACAACGUAUGUUAGGAGUUUGACCCAGCUUAUUGAAAAUAUUGGUCGCACAGGUUCUAUUCCAGGGAAGGAAGCUUUAGGAAUCUCUACAAUAGUCAGGAAGCUUAUACUCUUCUAUCCCCCUAAUAUACUGGUGAAUAUUGAGGGGGAGCUGCUUCAGAAAUAUCUGGAGCAGCUUGUGUCUCUAACCUGUGGGUUCCUCAGAGCUUCUCUCUCUCCGGGAACUGACGAGGAGGAGCAGUUGUUAUUUAACGAGGCCUUUGAAAAUUCAAUGGAAGCUUGGAUCUCAAUCCUUAAUGAAAACCAGUUGUUCCCAACAGGAUAUUGCAAGGAAGCUGCCGCUGCAAUAUUUAAAACCUUCAUCGAAGUUCAUCUGGCUCCUCCGGACGGAGUACGACGAAGAGGUUGUGUUGAGGAUGAGGAUGAGAACGAGGACGCGGAUAGGGUUAAAUACAAGGAUACUCUGAGCACUGUUGGAGCACUAGGUCGAGAAUGCCUGGACUACUCUAUGCCAGCUGUAAUAACGCUACUGGAGAGUAGGAUAACUCGGCUUCAUGGACAGAUUCAACGAAUCUCAAGCCAAGGAGGAACAGAGGUCGAUGAGGUUCUCUCAGACUUGUUCGAGGACAUCCAUUGGAUCCUUCUGAUCGGGGGCAACGUUCUUUCCAUGGACGUAGAUGGAGAAACCGCUCUGAUUCCUCAUGAAUUGAUGCUGCAUUCCAUUGCUCAGGCUUCUUCUGUAGAUAUUUCCAAAUCUCUGGAGGUUCUGGCGUCUCCGGGGAAGUCUGCUUGUGAGAUCCCUGGAUAUGAAUCCUCUGAUCAUAUUGUUAGAUUGAUUGGAGAUGUACUCAGACUCACAGAGGUUGAAAAAAGAGCUUUGGAAGCUGGUUUAAUUCAUCUCUGGUCUCCUCUAGUCUCCUCUACUGUCAUGUGGUUUCUCCGCCGUUGGUCUCACACCUAUCUUGCUACACAGGAAGCUAUAUACCAGGAGAUAAGUGGCGCACUCCUCACAGCAUUUGGUCGGGAUACAGAGGGAGCAACCUGGACGGUCAAUUUUCUUUUGGAGAAAUGUAUUUCAAACCUGACACGGCUAAACUCCGAACCUGAUGUUAUGAAGGAUACUAUUGGGCUCAUUCUCAGCUUUGCAGAUUCACGAGAGAAGUGUGGAACUGUUUGUAACAGUCCUGGUCUUCUUAGUAUCCUACAGAUCGGAGUUCAACCUAACACAAUCCCGUCCUCUUGUAAAAGAGGAUUAAUCAAAGCUCUAGUAUUGGUUGGAUCUGCUCAGGAGGAUUCUGUCAGUAGGGAGCAAUAUUGGAGCCAGGUUCUGAAACCUCUAGAAGCCCGGUACAAGGAGAUAGUUGAGAACCCGAACCUGAAAACUAUCUUUAUGGACGAGAUUGUGCGGAUAGCAGUGAUAGAUCUCCUAGAGAGCUUUACAGGAGUAGUACAGGGUUGCCAGGUGUCCACAGUGCAUCAGCUGUUUGGUUGGAUGCGUCCAACUAUUGCCUCACUGGUGCAUUUAUUGGCCUUAUAUCAUAACUACAAUCAGGUGGUUGAACUAAUAUUGGAACUCUACUGUGAAACUGCCAAACGUAUUCUCUGCUAUUUAACCCCAGCUGAAUCUAAAGCUUUCUACGAAGCGUCCCUUGCCCUAAUAAAAACCUACGCGGACCAUCAUGUUGGGAAGAAGAGCUAUAGUAAGGAGGCUGAGGAGGAGCAAUAUAAAGAUCUUCUUCUCUUCAUGGAACUCCUGACUAAUCUGCUGAGCAAGGAUUUUAUAGAUCUCAGUCCUCCUGACAGCCAGGAUACAGAUGAUACUGUUACUGCGGCGGAUGUCUGUCUAUUUGGGUUGAACAUCAUUAUGCCGUUGAUGUCGGAGGAGCUGUUAAAGUUUCCCAACUUGUGCCUCCAAUAUUUUAAUAAUAUUGUUCAGUUGAUGUCGGAGGAGCUGUUAAAGUUUCCCAACUUGUGCCUCCNAUACAGUUAA